GAUUAUGAUUUUAUUUAUUCCAGUAAAAAAUUAAAAUAACGCCGCUAUUAGUGCGUAACUAUUUAAAUAAGCGUUCAAUUGAAAUUACAGUAGUGCAACCUGAUGGAAAAUUCAAGCGAAGGAUUCGUGCUGGGCCAGGAGGUUGUCGAGCACCUGAAAUGCUCCUACUGCAAGUUGUAUUUAUCUUACGGGCCGAUAUUUAUGACCACUCAAGAGGAUGUUAAGUUUAAAUGCGCCAGGUGUAAUGUUAAAACUCGGUUUUGUUUCCGUAACUUGAUUUAUGAGAAUUUGGCUAAGCACAUGAAGUUUCCUUGUGUAUACAAAAAUUGCAAAGAAAUUCUGCCUUGGGACAAUGUCCGGGACCACGAGGCGAAUUGCGACCACCGCACAAUACCCUGCCUCGCCUCGGAUUGCCAGGAGACUGUUCUAGAAAGAGAAUUUGCCGCCCAUUUCAAAGAGAAGCACAAAAAGCUGUACCACAACGGCUCGAUAUCGAUAGAAACCCUCCGCUCGAAUUACGGAUUCUGCGUCCUGGAAAAAGACGAUAAAUGUUUCGUGUUCCUCUACGACAGUGACAUCGAUAAAAUACGGUUGUGCGUGACCUAUCUAGGCGCGAAAAAGCUGGAGAAACAAUUCGAAGUAACGUUUCACGGGAAAAACCACAAGUCAAUCGUUUUGACGGAGCAGAACUUGGUGCAAUUUCAGGAAAGAGUGCACUGCUAUAAGUGCUUGAAAGGCGAUUGUAAAUGUAUAUUCCACAGUUUCAGGGAUUACAGACGGGGCCUGCUGAAUUACACUCACUCGAAAAUGGACAAAGAUUUGCUCAAGCGCACGUUCGGCAAUGAAAUAGGAUGUAUCAUAAACAUAGUCGAUGAAAAGACGGAAAACUACGACGAAAUCGACGAUUUGUUACUGGGCGGUAAAGACGUGGUAAUCGAUGAGGUGAAUGAAGAAGACGAUGGCGAGAAACCCGCCGAGCCCGUCAAGACUGACGUUAUCAAAGACAUGCUGAAAUGCCAAGCGUGCCGAGAACCCCUCAAAGAAACGAUUUUUCAGUGCUUGAGCGGGCACGCCAUCUGCAGGGAGUGCAAAGGUAAAACCGAGAAGUGUACCAAGUGCGAAAGUAAAAUAGACAAUACACGGAACUACAUCGUAGAAGAGGCCGUUUCGAAUUUGAAAUUGUUCGAACAUCCCGUAGAAGAUAAGCUAGAAGACAAGGAGAUCGUUUGUCCCAUGUCCAAAUGCAAAAAGACAGUUUUGCUGUCUACUAUAAGCAAUCAUUUUAAAGAAAGUCACAUUGCAAAUUUCCAUUUUAAUAAGGUGACUCUUAGUAACGUGUAUGGAUAUUAUAACGUUGAUGUUUUGGUAAAAGAUGGAAAAACCUACCUACUAUUAUUCGACUUCGAUGAUUUCCAUUUCGGCAUAAGCGUAUGCUCGAUCGAUCCCACCGAUAAACUCUAUGAAGUUAAAUUAAUGCCAGACAACAAACGGUAUUCCCUCAUCGCUACUGAUCAGAAGGUCAUAAAAUUCAACGAUAAGGAGCAUUGUUUCAAGUGUUCGAUCGGUAUAUGCGAAAUAAGCGAUCACACCUACAGGGUGAAGAGAAUGGAGAUUUUCAGAAGACUUACCACUAAAUUCAACAGGGAUUGUAUAAAGAGAGCGUUCAAAUCGAGCUCAUUAACCUACCAAAUCGUCCUCAAAGAACCGAAGCAGGAUAAGAACGAUAAAGUGCUGAAGCAAUUAUUCGAAUGUCCCAUUUGCAAGGAUUACAUGAUACCCCCGAUACAUCAAUGCGUUGCCGGUCAUACGCUUUGCAAAGUCUGCAAAACCAAGGUGGAGAAGUGCCCGUCCUGCGAAGGCAGCAUCGAAGACACGAGGAACUUGUUAUUAGAGGAUAUCUCCGAUGUGGUUGAUGUUCCGUGCAGCUUCGAAACGGAGAGCUGCUCGUUCAGGGCCGGCAUUAAGAGAAUAGCCUCGCACGAAUUGGAGUGUCCGUUGAACAAGAAAAAAGUCUGUGUAGUCGAGAGGCCUGCGAAUAAUCAAGACAAUUCGGAAACGCCGGCAAUAAGUCAGGAGGAAUCGAACGAGGUAGUUUAGUCGAAUUUUUUUUUAGUGAGUAUCGAAUCGCGUAGGUUUAAUUCGAAUUUAUUUUCCGAUUAUCCAGAUUUAGAUUUAAGGAGCUUGCCGUUUUUUUUACGUAAAAGUUAAUUUGAAUA